UAAAAGGCCUGUGAGGUCACGGAGCGCUCACCUCCGUCAUCCUUCAAGGGCUGUGUCCACUCUGCCCUCCUCCAACCCAAGAGCCUUCCUGGGAAGAUGGCAGCAGUCCUGAUUCUCCUGACCAUUCUUCUGCCAUUUGGAGCUGGUGCAGAGGAGAUCAUCGGGGGCCAUGAGGUUAAGCCUCACUCCCAUCCAUACAUGGCAUUUAUUGAAUAUCUGGAUGGUAAGGGGAAGAAGAAUUGCUGUGGAGGCUUCCUGGUGCGAGAUAAUUUUGUGCUGACGGCUGCUCACUGCAGGGGAAGCUCAAUGAAAGUUACUCUAGGAGCCCACAACAUCAAGAUCCAGGAGAAGACCCAGCAGAUCAUCCCUGUGGCAAAAGCCAUCCCACACCCAGGCUUUAAUAACGAAACCAUCACAAAUGACAUCAUGCUCUUAAAGCUGGAGAGGAAGGCCCUAAGGACUAAUGCUGUGAGGCCCCUCAGCCUGCCCAGUUCUGAGGUCCAUGUGAAGGCAGGGGAUGUGUGCUCAGUGGCAGGUUGGGGAAAGAUGGCCCCAGAUGGUAAAUUCCCAAAUGGAUUACAAGAAGUAAAGCUAACAGUCCAGAAGGACCAGGAGUGUGAAUCCCGCUUUCAAGGCUAUUACAACAAAACCAUUGAGAUCUGUGUGGGGGACCCAAAGAUCAAUCGUGCUUCCUUUAAGGGGGAUUCCGGAGGGCCUCUGCUGUGUAAAAAGGCAGCUGUAGGUAUCGUCUCCUAUGGGUCUAAAAAUGGCUCAGCUCCAAGAGUCUUCACCAAAGUGUCAAGUUUCCUACCCUGGAUAAAGAAAAUGAUGAAACGCAGCUAACUACAGAGCAAACCAGAUCCCUUCCCGACUCACCAUCUUCCCUCAAGCUGAGUCCAGGAUUGUCCUAGGAUGAAAGCCAGCAUCUCAAUAAAGCUCUCUUUGCAAGAA